CAGAAGCAGCAUCUCUCAGAAACAACAUCAUGGCAGCAGAAAGCGAUGUGCUGUGUGAGAUCGAGGUGCUGCAGUCAAUCUACCUGGAUGAGCUGCUGGUCACGAGGAGGGAGGACAGAGGUUGGGAGGUGAGCCUGGUCCUGUAUCCCUCCACAGGGGAGGACUCUGUGUCCCAGUUCGUCCGACUCACGCUGACUUUGACCCUCGAUCAGCAGUAUCCGUCGUCUUCUCCGGCCAUCUCCAUCCAUAACCCGCGGGGGCUUUCUGACGACAAGCUCAGCAGUGUGCAGAAAUGUCUGCAGCUGGAGGCUCAGUCCUCUCUCGGUUCACCAGUGUUAUAUCAGCUCAUUGAGAAAGCAAAAGAAAUCCUGACUGAAAGUAAUAUUCCUCAUGGAAACUGUGUCAUUUGCCUCUACGGGUUUAAGGAGGGAGAAACGUUCACCAAGACGAGCUGCUACCACUACUUCCACUCCCACUGCCUCGGCCGCUACGUCAGGCACUCGGAGAGGGAGCUCCGCCAGAGGGAGAAGGAGUUAGAGGAGGACAAGACACGGGAGAGAGACGACCGACAGGAGCUGACUGUGGUGUGUCCGGUGUGCAGAGAGCCGCUGAGCUACGACGUGGAUCAGCUUCUGUCCUCUCCUGUGCCGCAGCUGCCCGAGCUGGACGAAGCAGCGAUCAGCUCAGAUUUUCAACGCAAGUGGUUCGAACUUCAGAAGCUUCUGGAGAGACAGCGGUGUCGAGGCGGGAUCAUCGACCCGGAGGUGGAAUCAAAUCGAUUUUUAAUUCAUAUCAACGAGGCUCCCUCUUCUUCUGAAAACGGAAACCUGGAGGGAGACGUCCCCCCCGUUCCCCCCCAGCAGGCGCCGUCCGCCUCAAACGUCUCCUCCGACGAAGCCGGCGUCCGAGGGGAGCAGCUCGUUCCCGGUCUGUCCCACUGCAGAGGCGGGGGGGGCCAGAGGAGGGGGCCGAGGAGGGGGGGCAGGUUCAGGCCGCACCAGGAGAGAGGGAGGCCGCAUCAGGAGAGAGAGAGGCCGCACCAGGAGAGAGAGAGAGCCACGCCGAUCACAGAGCACCUGGACAAACUCUCUCUGACGUCAAGCUGCUCCGACGGACCAAUGAAAGCCAAACCUCAGGGUAACCACGGGCAACAGAUGCAAAGAGACGCACAACAAGAGACGCAGGUUUCCGCAGAUGAACCGGGUCUGGAAACCGAAAGCUUUAAAGACGCAGCAGACUCCGCGGCGGCGGGGGGUCGCAGCCACCGUGGGAGGAGGAGGUGGGGGGGGCAUCAGCGGUCCGCCCAGCACGCCUCCGCCCCCGGACCGGCUCGCUACCACUGGGACGGCCGGGAUUCGAGAAGCAGGGGCGGAGGUGGAGGUGGAGGUGGAGGGGGAGGCGGUGGCGGAGGGAACCUGUGCGGCAGAGGAGGCGGGCAUCGGCGGGGUCACGGGGUCAGAGGCUACCAGCAGAGGGCGAUGGAGAGAGACAGGGGCAGAGAGGAGGUGCUAUGACAAAGGGCGACAGGAGGGCCGAUGAACAAAGCUACGUGCGCCUCCGUCAUGAGUUUGCAUAGAUUACAGCCCUGCAGCAGAAGUGACGUUCGCUGCAGCGUCCCGUCGUCCCGUUCGUCUCUGACUCACAUUCUCACGCACACACACUACAGUUACAGAUGGUUGAUGUUUUCCGUUGUGACUCCGCGAUAUGACUUGAAAGAACUGCAAAUUAAAAUGUCUCUGGAUGUCAGAGUCUCAGUGUGUUUGUGCCUCCUGUAGUUUUUGUCACGAGUUUCAUUCAAAGCUCAGGUUAGUUGUGUUAUAUAUCAUUGUAUUUUAUUUUUAAGCAUUUAAAGAGCUGCAACUAUUCUUCAAUUAGUUGAGAUAAUUGAGCAGCUAUCUUGAUCUUUUUUUUAAAGCAAAAAUGUUGCUAAUCUGCUGUUUUCAACUUCUCAAAUAUGACGAUUUUAAUGCUUUUCUUUUUAAUACA